CCGAGAAAGAAGCUGAGCUGGCCUCAGGAACUGUCUUCUAUUCGAUUAACACAAGGACAGGUCCCCCGGGGGAAGCUCCCCCAUAAUGGCAGGCAUCUGCCUGAUUUGGGAUCGAUGUGGGGGCCUGAGCCCCAGGUGUGAAUCCUUCCUACGAAAUCUCUCCUAUUUCCUCCACUGCUCACCACUGGCAGGCAACUGGACCCAUCUGGAGGGGUAUGGGAGUAUCCAGGCCCUGCCAAUCUGUGCUGCCUUCUGUGACCAGUGGUUUUCAGCCUGCAGAGAUGAUCUGACCUGUGGUCGGAAUUGGCUCUCCCAACCAGGAGGGAGCUGUGAGGGUGGCUGUCUCACCUUUGACCAGACCUUCCUGGACGCCAAAGACCUGUGCGGUUCUGCGCUGGGACACUACCUGGUUGCUGCGCCUGCUCCCUGUCCCUGCCUUCAGCUCUCCAUCUCUGACCCGCAGCCGCCUGACCCAGAGACCCUAUUAGGCAUCGCCUGCCCAGCCUGGCCACUGCCCCGACCUCGAGGGCGCCAGAGCAAUCGGCUCAAACGCGCGCUGCUCCUCCCGCCUGGGGGAGUCGGCAGUGGCAGCGGCAGUGGCAGCGGCAGCGGCAGCGGCCCCUAGAGGGUGCACUCUGUCCGGUGCGGGGAGCGGGGAGAGGAAGGAAGGGAGAUUUAGGGUUGAGAGCUAGAAGCCUUGACAGCCACCCGGAUGGAAUCAAUGAGAAGUCCCCUCUCAUCAGCCCUCCUCCCCCCCAACCCCAGCUACUGGCUUUGCGACGCUGCACAGCCAGAUUUUGUUUUCAGACCCCGGAGUUAAGCACUCACUCCUCAAAUAAAAUA